UAAACGUCACAUUGGCGCGAAGUAGGUAAGCCUAAACGCAGCCGUCAUUUUAAGUCGCUGUGUGAGCAUCUGUUAGCUGAACCUCAUCUCCAGACACCGGUUUAACCAUUACAGACGUGAACAGCGUGAAAACAAAGAUGUCUACUUCAUCUGUGUCAAAGGGCUGCUUUGUUUUCAAGCCCAGUGCUAAGAAGAGGAAGACUCACAGUUUGGAGAGUUAUUUCAGACAUGGCUGUGAGUCUGCAGAGAGCAGCGAGACACGAUUCAGACUCUGUCAGGACCUCUGGGACAAAAUCAAAACAGACACAGAGAUUUUACAGGAUGAGCUCAAUCGUAAAAUCUUGGACAGCUUGCUGGACUUCACCAGGAAGUGCUCUUCCACCCGUCAACACAGUGACUGGACGUCCCAGAUGAGAGCCAGUGAAAUUCCCACAGCAGCUCUCGUCCUCGGCGUGAACGUACCAGAUCAUGACAUGACCUUCCAGAGUCUGUCUGACCUGCUCCGGCAGUCUGUCACUCCUCAUGUGACCUCUGUGCAGGCCAAAGAGUGUGGAGCAUUGAAGCAUUUGAUGAAGAAGGUCCUGGAGAGGUUAAUGGAUACAGUUGUGGAUGAUGAUGAUGACGACGAGGGGGAGAGCGAGCGGCCUCAGCUCCAGAAGAGUGUGCACUGCUCUCUGAGUACGCUCUGUGAUUGGUACGCCGCAAAAACUACGAAAUCCAGCAGCGGUACUCCCGGAAAAAAGCGAAGUUCCCCAGCCAAAGAUGAGCAGCUGCAGCAGCCUCCUGUCGUAAUAAUCUUUAAGGAUUUGGAGGCUUUUAACCCAAGAGUUCUUCAGGAUUUUAUACUCAUAUGCAGUCGGUACAUUGACCGUCUCCCGCUGAUGUUCAUCUUUGGGAUUGCCACGUCGCCCAGCACCAUCCAGCACAUGCUGCCCCACUCUGUGUCCUCCCUGCUGUGCAUCGAGCUCUUCCAGUCUUUGUCCUGCACACAGCACCUGGCCACAGUCAUCGACAAGUUAGUCCUGACGUCACAUUUCCCUUUUAAGCUCAACGGUAAAGUGAUGCAGGUGUUGAUCAGCCUCUUCCUCUACCACGACUUCUCAGUGAGAAACUUUAUCAAGGGAAUUCAGCUGGCCCUGCUGGAACACUUCCACUCUCAGCCUCUCAGUGUGCUGUGCUGUAAAAAGAAGGAGGCUCUGCAUAACGUGACUCAGCUCAGUCAAAAGGACUUGAUAAAGCUCAAGGAUCUGCCCUCGUUCACUAGAUAUUUAGAGAAGCAGGAGCCACAGGAACAAGUCAACCUGACGGAAGACGCUCAUUUAAAGGAGGUGUGCCAGAAUCUGAUAAAGGGCCUUCACAAAUACCACAAGAACUAUUAUCCCACCCUGAGGUGUCUCCACACUCUGACCUCAUCGUUACCAAGAUAUCCUCUGGGAAAACAGAUCAGGGAGCUCCAUUUAAUAUGUCUGGAGAAGAAUGUGUGGGAGAACGAAGAUUACCAGUCAGCCAUGAAGCUUCUAAAGAUGCUGGCUAAAGAUGAGCUGAUUGCUUCGCUGCAGAGGUGUCUGGAGAUUCUGCAGCCUGUCAAGUCAAAGAAGAUGAAGAAAGCUUGUGUCCAGCUGGAGGAACUACUCGCCAAAUUCAAGCAGCUGGACACAGCUGCCGCCGAAAUGACCGACAAUGCCGACGACAGCUUCACCUCGCCGGUGAAAAAUCUUCAAAAGAAAACCGACCUGUUCCAGCUGCAGAAGACGCUGCUGGAGAUGAACGAGACUCGGAGGUCCAAGAAGAUGAGUCCGUUUGAGAUCCUGAGGAACGAGGCGCUCGAGUUUAUCGACAGCUUGGUGAAGAAUCAUCUAUCUCCUCCGGAGUCUCAGCCGCUGCAUGAAGUCUGCUACUACACCUCGUCUGCCACUGUGAGGCGCCACCUCAACGCGACGCCUCGCACCUGUAUUCAGGCUGCGCUCAGCAGGCCCUUCUACUACCUCCAGAACGACAAACUGAAGACCGAGGAUGGGUCGGUCUCCAACGCCGCUCCCGACAUCUGCAUCGCGUACAAGCUGCACCUGGAGUGCGGCCGGCUGAUCAACCUCUACGACUGGCUGGAGGCCUACGCCACCGUGGUUUCUGCUGCUGAGGGUCACGAUCCGGAUUCUGACAGUCAAGGGAAAGUGGAUGAAGUCAAACACGCUCGUUUCAUCCGCGCUGUGUCGGAGCUCGAAUUUCUGGGCUUCAUCAAGUCCACCAGGCAGAAGACCGACCACGUGGCUCGACUCACCUGGGGAGGCUGCUGACGGACCGCAACCGCGAGAGAGAGACAGACGUGUACAGCUGUGGACUCAUUUCAGUGCCUGUUUACUUUGACAUGGAUUUGUAUUUUCCCCUCUAUUAAAGAUUAGUACCUAACCAAGA